AUGGCUCUCCAGCAACACUUCCAGCUGACAGUGGAGGUGAUUGCGAUGGUUCAGAGGGCAUGUCUAGUGCUCACAUGGGAGAUGUGUGAGUUUGACGUGACAGUUGUUCUGGUGGGUAAAACUGGAGCAGGAAAGAGUUCAAGUGGAAACACCAUCCUGGGCAGAGAGAGUUUCUUUGAAGAAGGAGCCUCACCUGUGUCAAUUACAAAAGAAUGCACAUCAGGGUCUACAAACCAUGAAGGCAAGAGAAUCUGUGUGGUCGACACACCAGGGUUAUUUGGAUCAUUAACUAAAGAAGGAGAAGAAAAACAAAUAAAAGACUGUGUCCGCAUGUCAAUUCCUGGUCCUCAUGCAUUCCUGCUAGUGAUUAAAGUUGGGAGAUUCACAGAGGAGGAGAAAAAUGCUGUGGAGUGGAUUCAGGAGAACUUUGGUGAAGAUGCUUCACUCUUCACCAUUAUCCUCUUCACUCAUGUUGAUCAGCUGAAGGACAAAACUUUGGACAAGUAUGUCAGAGAAAGCAGAGAUCUUCUGAAGUUUAUUGACCGCUGUGGUGGUAGAUAUCAUGGAUUCAACAAUGACAGUAAACAGAACCAAGCUCAGGCCACACAGCUGCUGGACAAGAUAGAUGCAAUGGUGGAGAGGAAUGGUGGAACACACUAUACAAACGAGAUGUUUCAAAAAGCCCAGGAAGAGAUCCUUGAAAAGGAGAGUAAAAAAAAAAUGGAAAAACUGAAAGAAGUCGCACUAGGAACAGCAACAGCACUAGGAGUAGGAGGAGUGGUGGCAGGAGGAGUGGUUAUCGGAGUCACAGGAGCUGUUGUACUGCCAGCAGCAGGAGCUGUAGCUGGAGGAGCACUUGCUGUGGGGACAGGAGCAAAGCUUCUUUAUGAUAGAGUCAAAAAGAAAAAUGAGUAA